ACCAUAAGUUUUAUAAAUUAGUGACAAUGCCUUGAGUUAUUUCGUGGAAGUGCCAAGGUUGGUAGUUCUGGGAAGUGGCGGCUCGUCGGCAAGUAUGUUCAGAGCGCGCGGCGAACGCGACGAGCGGGCUCGGUCUCGGUCGCACAUUCACAUGCCGCCGGUCCCCCCCGGAGCCGCGCGCACACCGCCACGCGUGUUUACCUCACUCGCUUCGCCCUUCGGUGCGCGCCGCGUGCCGGCUCCGCCGCUCGCUCGCUCAGUACGCUUUUGUACACGAAAGAGGAUUGUCACGCCGAGGCGACCCACCUCGCCGAACUUUCACCUCCCGCCGCGAUAUCGUUAUCUGUGAUAAACACCGACCGUUGAGUGAAAUUGAAUGUGCGCGUACUUAGAAAGCGUUUCUGUUGAGGCACGCGGACGGAUUGCCGUCGGCGACGUCGAUUUCUGCAAAUUAAUUUCUCCAGUGCAGUCGGUUUCUACGAAACUGCUUAUAAAGAGUUUUACCGAGAAACGAAACGGCAGUAAAGUGGAUUUGAGGAAAUAUAAGUAAUUAUAAGUGGGCCUUUGUGUUUCCGUGUUUGUUGUUAUCUAAGGCGUUUACAUUGGAUCCCAACCGACCACGCACACCUCCAAUGGUGGUCAAACUACCAGAUGCCUGUGUGGAAGUGGCGGUGCCGCUGAGUAGCUGGUCGACGGGUGUAGCAUGCUGCCCAAACUGCAGGCACGAGUUGCGCGUGUCACUAGCCCCGACUGCGGGAAAGUGCCACGCGUCGCCCCACACACCACCUCCCUUCACGGUCCAGCCGACGUACUUGCCUCACUCCCCCAUCACAACACCGCUGUCACCUCUUAUACCCUCACCGUACAACGAUGAGCUGAGGAGGCUGGCGGACACCCUGAGAGCGUUAAGGCUAUCAGGCUGGUACUACGGCAGUUUGGAUUGGCUGGGUGCCCGGACGGUUCUGAAAGACGCGAGCGUUGGUGCUUUCGUCAUCCGGGAUUCCGGCGAUAGGAACUUUAUAUUCUCAUUGUCAGUACAGACUGAGAGAGGCCCCACGUCUGUGAGGCUACAUUACGAACAAGGCUUCUUUAGGUUAGACUGCGACCGGCACCUGGCGCGGUACAUGCCGCGGUUCCGCUGCGUGGUGGAGCUGGUGCAGCACUACGCGCGGGUGGGCGAGCGUGGCGCGGCGGGCACGGUGUGGGUGGACCGCGAGGGCUGCCCGCACUCGCCCGUCAUGCUGAAGGCGCCGCUCCGCAAGAGCCCGCCGUCGCUGCUGCACGCGGCCCGCCUGGCCGUCCACAAGGCGCUGGACUCCAACCCCCUCACGCCCAAGCUCUGGUGCGCCCCCAAGCACAGGCUUCUUCCUCUACCUUCCACUCUAAUAGACUAUCUCGGAGAAUAUCCCUACUCAAUCUAACGCUCGGAAUUAUUUCAUAGUUAUUUAUUUAGUCCAAUCUGAGCGAUGCCUAGUGAAGAUAUUAGUUAUUAUGGGAAUGAUUGUGAACGAUCAUUGCUCCAACUGAUUGUAGUUUGAUUCCUAUGAUUGGGUGGCGGACGGGUCGACUGAGCUGCUAGUUUCCUAAGGUGGACUUCGUGUUUGCAUUAUCAUAAUAUUAUAAUCUUAUUUGUACAAAUUAAUAUGCAUUGUCUAGUACAGGUUGCUAGAAAGGGCCGGAUCCUUUAAAUACCGACUAACAAAAUAAUUUAUAAAUAGUUAAAUUAAUAAUGUUAACUGUAUUAUUUGUAAGUAUUGAAUAUGGGACUCAACUAUGGUAUUUAGUGAAAUGUUUACGCAGAUUAUUUUUUAUUAAGCCAAUUCUGUGUCUGUAUAUAAAGAUGUUUUGAGAAAAUAACGCAAGACUGAUUCCUUGAACUUCAAAUACUGUUUGUGUAAUAAUUGCCUGUAUACUUUUCUGUUGAAUGUACGUACUAGCUCCAUCAUAUGACACAAAGAACUCGCCUGCAAUGCGCACGCGUCGACUGCGAGUCGGCCUGCUGAUAUUAUUAUUGUAGAAAAUUGUUCACUAAUGCCUAAUCUUGUCCAUGGUCUUAAGAAGUCAUCACAUUAUAUAAUAGAGCUAUAUUUUUAUUUAUUUAUUCUUGGUUAAGUUAGGAUUACUCGUGAACCUUACGUUAUGUUAGUUCUUUCUUGUUCCUAUCCAUGGUUGGUUUAGCCACGUAUCACUACACGCCGCGGUCUCUGCACCACACAUAGAGCCUAGUUUUAAAACGAAGUGCCAUCAAAACAUUAAAAAACCAUAUUGAGAAUUUACUUUGUCAUAUUUGAUUCAAAUGGAAGUAUUUUUGAGGCUGAACAUGUACAUAAUUCUUGUUUUGUUUUUCUAUUUAUUUCCCUAUUUAAUAAGUAACGAGAAAAUAUGGAUAUAUUAUCGCCAGGUUGUAAACCAUGUAAUGGUUUGAUGUAUCAUAUAUGUGGCUUGAUUGCGUGAAACUUAGUAAUGUGCAGUUAAAUAAUUUCUAGAAGAAAUACGACAUCUCUUACAGAAGUGUAGAUUACUGAGUUUGACGCACUGAAGCGUUUAGCGUGCGGUGGGAAGUUCGGCUAGUGAUGUUCACUAAUAUAGGAUAGAUCAUGUAUGUACCUUGAAUAAUCUCAAUUAGAGUAAACUUAGGCUUCACACUACGAAUAUGUUUUAUUAGAAAAAAUACGCAUUAUUAAAAUAAUCGAAAGUAAUGAGCCUCAAAAUUAUUUUAAAUAACUUAUAAUUACUUGUCCGUUGUCUUCGUGUUAAAUAUAACCAAUUGUCUACUUGCGGAGUUAUUUUUGUACCAUUUUGUAAGGGGAAAGCACCAAUUAAAUAAGUGUGACAUAAUAGAGAAUACUUGUGUUUAAAUGUUUGUAGACUAAUGUAUUGAAAGAACUGCAAAUAAUUUAUAUACAAAAAAAUAUACAUUCUGCCUAUAA